GUUGCCUAGGCAACGAUCCUUGGGGCGCCCUGGCGGGCCUCUGUACCUGGCGAGCUGCCUAUGGACAGCACUCGCUGCCCUCAGCCCGGCUUCCUGUCUAAAACCGGAUGCGUGCGGGCUGGGCCCCCUGCCUCUGAGUUCACCCCAUGGUUACUCCUGUAGGCUAUAGCUGUCGCCGCUUUCUGCAGCGUCAGGCUCCACCUCGCCUCAAAAUCGAUCUAAGUGCUCCUCUGUGCAAUGAGGUAGGAUGGAAACCACCCCCUCACUGCUGUUCAGAUUUGCACUUCCUGCUCUUCUUCGAGGACAUGUACUAAGAGCUUAAUGAAAAUGGACACACUUCCUGCCUUCCUAGAGCAAACAGACUAACAGGGAGGAUACAUGAUUUCCUCCAGUUUACCCUGAAUUACACAAGAAGAUGAAAUACAUUGCCAAGAAAUGUGGAGUUAGGUUCCAGCCUCCAGCUAUGAUCUUGAUUUAUGAGGAUGAAACCGAAGGAAAGAGCCGCCAGCGCAUCAUGCCAGUCCGGAACUUUUCCAAGUUCUCAGACUGUACCAGAGCUGCUGAACAGUUAAAGAAUAACCCCCGGCACAGGAGUUACCUGGAGCAGGUGCCCCUGAAGCAACUGGAGAAACUGUUUGUGUUCUUACGAGGUUCCUUGCAGGGCCAGAGCUUGGCAGAAACAAUGGAACAGAUUCGGCGGGAAACAACCAUCGAUCCCGAGGAAGACCUGAACAAACUGGAUGACAAAGAGCUCGCCAAAAGGAAGAGCAUCAUGGAUGAGCUUUUCGAGAAAAAUCAGAAGAGGAAGGACGACCCCAGUUUUGUGUAUGACGUUGAGGUUGAGUUCCCUCGGGAGGAACAGCUGCUGUCCUGCAGCUGGGACACAGCAUCAGUCGAUGAGUUCUAAGACCUACUACUCCAUGUUUCCACAAAGAACAAAGAUCAGUUCUAGAAAAUGCUGAAACGCUAACGAUAUCUAAAACCAAGACACUUAUGUGCUACAUAGGCCUAUGAGAAACACAGAGAUACAGGAUAGGAAUCUGCCUUCAAGGAGUUGGCAAUCUAAAGAGAAGGGAACUCAAGAACUUGUGAAAAGAUGUUUUAAUAGUAUUACUCAGGAAAAAGAUAGGAGUCAGAUAUUUGGCUGUAGAAGGGUCAGAACCCGGGCUCCUCAGGGUGCACUGGGAAGACUUUCCCUCAGCAGAAAGGGGGCCAUGCUUGGCUCUGAAAUACUACAGAUGUUUUUAUAGAAAUCAAGAUGAAGCAAAGGGGGAAGGGGAAAGAAAGAGACAAGAAAUAGGAAAAAUCCGAGAAAGGGUGAGUAAUUAUAGUUUGACAAGAUUGGAAUUAACCUGUGUUCUUCAUCAGGACUGUGUGCAUUAACUCUGGGAUAGACAGGAACGCCUGUAAAUGCAACAUGUCUUACAGAUGCAAGUACAUGUGGCAGAAGACAGGCAAUUCUACUCCUCCAUCAGGAAAUAUAUUCUAACGUUACUCUGAAACCCAGAACCACUUCCUGUGAAAGGCUGGUUUGUACAGUGGGAAGUCCGCCCACAAUGAGUGAUAGGUACUGCUGUUCAGACCUAUUCAUGAGCUUAGAUGUACAAAGAUCUUGGCCUCACAAGGCCACUGUGUGCAGAUGUGUUUGUUCUUACUAGAAUAUUAUCUGAUUGAUAAAAAUCCUACGUUUUCUACAGGGAAACUAUUAUACAUUGAAUAAACCUGUGAAAGUAAGUGUUAAGUCUUACCGGGUUUUUGGUUUUUGUUUUUUUUUUGUUUGUUUGUUUGUUUUUUGUUUUUGUUUUUGUUUUUUUUCGAGACAGGGUUUCUCUGUGUAGCCCUGGCUGUCCUGGAACUGACUCUGUAGACCAGGUUGGCCUCGAACUCAGAAAUGCGCCUGCCUCUGCCUCCCAAGUGCUGGGAUUAAAGGCGUGCGCCACUACCGCCCGGCUUGCUUGGGUUAUUUUUUGUUGUUGUUGUUGAUGAUGAUUUGUUUGUUUGUUUGCAGAAGCCUGUCCUGGAACUCAGUUUGUUGACCAGGCUGGCAUCAAAUUCAUAAAGAUCCUCCUGCCUCUGCCUUCUGAGUGCUGGGACUAAAGGUGUGCGCUGCCUCCACUGCCUCCACCACCACCUGGCUUCCUUUCUUAUACAGCCCAGGACACCUGCCCAGAAGUGGCCCCACCCACACCGGGAGUUGUUAAACCUUAAUUGAAAAGAUGCUUCAAAGACUUGCUAGUAGGUCAGUCUAAUAGAAGCAUUUUCUCAGUUGAGGGUCUCUGCUCACAGGUACUACUAGCUUGGGUCAAGCUGGCAAAAAACAAACCAGCACUUUCCUGUUUGUCCUCUUCUUAUCUCACUGCUGUAGCUGAGAUUUCAAGCAGAAUGAGCACCCUUGUCUCAUUGCUGAUUUAGAAGAAAUGCUUUACAUUUUUCCUCAUUUAGAAUUAUGUUGUCAGGCUAGAGAGAUGGCUCGGUGGUUAAGAGCACUGAUUGUUCUUCCAGAGGUCCUGAGUUCACUUCCCAGCAACCACAUGGUGGCUUACAACCAUCUGCAAUGGGAUCCAAUGCCUUCUUGUGGUGUGUCUGAACACAGCUACAGUGUACUCAUAUAGAUAAAAUAAAUAAAUAAAUCUUUAGAAUUAUGUUGUUUGUAGGUUUGUCGUAUGGACCCUUAUUUUUUUUUUUAAUAGCCAAUAUUUACUUCAGCAGGUGAAAAGCCAAAUGCAGACAGCUUUUCAUUGUGGUUAUACCUUAGUGCUUGAUUUCAUUGCUUGUUAUGGAUGUAUUUAAGUUGUUUAUAUCUUCUGGAUUUAAUUUUGCUAUGUCAUCUAUAUCUUAGGAUUUAUCCAUUUUCUCUAGAUUUUCUAGUUUUUUGGGGGGCGAAUUUUCAGUACUCUGUAAUGGUCUGCAUUGGUUGUACAUGUUCAAGACAGAAGGAAGGUUCUUCAGAUAAGAUGAACUUUACUUAUUAGACACCUGACCUAGGAAACUUUCAUGAGAAUACAUUACCACAUUUGAUUGCUAAUUCCUCAUUGCCCAUGACCUUGUUAAUUGCAGCUUGGUUAUAUGCCUCUUGGCUUAGAAGGAAAUUUUAACCAAAGCCAAGAAAUCUGAUUGCUACUAUUAAACAUUUCUUAAUUAUAUUUUCUCACCCUGAUUAUAUGCUAGGCGCUAGAGAAUUUUCCUAGUUUGAUCAGUCCAACAUUGCUUUAGCAUGGUGGCACAUGCCUGUGACUGAAGCGCUCUGCACUAAGGCAGGAGGAUUGGAGUUCAAGACAAGCCUGCCCUACACACUGAAAUCUUGUCUUCAACAAGACAAAUGGAUCUUUUGUUUCUGAUAAUGAAGUACAGAAAUAGAGGAGAUAAAUUAAAAUUUCAAAAUAAUACCACACUGAUAUGAAGACUUGUGUGUGCUUAUGUAUCAGUUGUUUACAAAAAUAAAAUUGAUUUUUUGACAGACAUGAUAAUGCCUAUAGUCCCAGUGUUUGUGAGGCAAAGGCAGGCCAGCUACAGCUAGAGAAAUAGUUUAAAUGAGAACAAGUUGGGGAAGAGAAUAAAUCUUAAUAUAAUCCUCAAGGUUCAUUGUAUCCAAACCCUCUAAUCUCCCCCCAUUCCUCCUUUCCCAUCCCCCUUCACCACAUACAACAGACCCUAAAAGUGGGACUACCAGCUAGUAAGGAAAGAAACUGUAUCCACUUGUAGCAACUGUACCAGCGAGGCAAGAGGGAAGGCCAGUGUCAUCCCAACAGUAUACUACAGCAUGCUUGGAAGUUACACAAGGAUCUUUUCUCCAGAGCUGAAGACAGAACCCAGGGGCCCUGUGCUUGCCGGACAAGUGCUUGCUCUACAGCACUCACCUAAGUCCCCAGCUCUGAUCUGGGAAAUAACUGGUUAGCUUUGCUUUGCUACCUGUUUUUUAUUAGAGCCUACAUAGUGUGCGCUCUUGUGUGAACUUGAAGGUCUCUGCCCAAUAAAGAUGUUAACCAUGGA